GGCAAUAUUUCUUUUGCAGGGUGGAAGAUGUCUAUGGAUGUGACCUUUCUUGGGACAGGAGCAGCAUAUCCAUCCCCAACCCGGGGUGCCUCAGCUGUGGUUCUUCGGUGUGAGGGCGAGUGCUGGCUCUUUGACUGUGGGGAGGGAACACAGACACAGCUUAUGAAAAGCCAACUUAAAGCAGGGAGAAUCACCAAGAUCUUCAUCACACAUCUUCAUGGAGACCACUUCUUCGGCCUUCCGGGCCUCCUCUGUACAAUCAGUCUACAGAGUGGCUCUGUGGUCACAAGGCAGCCUAUUGAAAUCUAUGGCCCUGUAGGGCUUCGGGACUUUAUCUGGAGAACCAUGGAGCUCUCCCAUACAGAGCUGGUUUUUCCUUAUGUGGUCCAUGAGAUAGUGCCUACAGCUGAUCAGUGUCCUGUGGAAGAACUAAAAGAAUGUUCACAUGUGAAUGACGCAGACAGCUCUUCCAAAGGACAGGGCCGAACUAUCUUGUUAGACACGGAAGAAAACUCAUACUGUCUGGUUGACGAUGAGCAGUUUGUUGUAAAAGCAUUUCGCCUCUUUCACAGAAUCCCAUCCUUUGGCUUUUCAGUUGUGGAAAAGAAACGUGCAGGUAAACUAAAUGCACAGAAGCUGAAAGACCUCGGUGUGCCACCAGGUCCUGCCUAUGGGAAGCUGAAAAAUGGAAUUUCUGUUGUUUUGGAUAAUGGAGUCACAAUUUCUCCCCAAGAUGUCUUAAAAAAGCCUAUGGUUGGGAGAAAAAUCUGCAUAUUGGGUGACUGUUCUGGGGUUGUGGGUGACAGCGGAGUGAAGCUGUGCUUUGAAGCAGACCUGUUGAUCCACGAGGCGACUCUGGAUGAUUCCCAGAUGGACAAAGCAAAAGAGCAUGGCCACAGCACGCCACAGAUGGCAGCAGCAUUUGCGAAGCUGUGCCGUGCCAAGAGGCUGGUUCUGACUCACUUCAGUCAGAGGUACAAACCGACGGCCUUGGCUAGAGAAGGGGAGACAGAUGGCAUCGCAGAACUGAAAAAGCAAGCUGAGGCAGUGUUAGGCCUCCAAGAAGUAACUCUAGCAGAGGAUUUUAUGGUGAUCGGCAUUCCAAUCAAGAAAUGAAACCAGUGCUCCUGAAUGCAUAAACAUGGACUUGGCUGUGGAUGUGUUACCAGACCUGCACUACAGACUUUUGUUGUUGGUUGUGAGUGACUUUUUUUUUCCUUCAAGUUUUGGAAUUUUUUUCCCUUAAAAUUAUUUUGGCCCUAGUAGUCCUAAAGAUGGAGCUGGAUUGCUGAGCUGACUCAGUAGUGAGAGAGAACAAGAUUUUUAAUAAUAAAUCAUUUUUAAAUGUUAAAAAAUAAAUACCCAGCAUCCUUCUUAAAGUGCAGAUGUGACAAAAUAAUAGAUUUUUUUCAGGGUUACUCCUCUUGUGUCUCUUGCCGCAGAUAGAAGCCAAUACUUCACACAGUGUUGGACUUAGCUCUGCCCAACUUAAUUGCCAUUAUUGGCAAAGUAUCUAGGACUGGGUCCUCUCAGCUAAAAAAAUAAUGGUAUUUGGCAGUUUGUAUUGAAGUUGUAUCCUAAUACAGAGGUAAAUGUAUGGAGGCAGUGUAUGUGCAGUAUUGAUGAUAACAUGUUGGUGGUUUCACUGGAAUAGUCAGUGCAGGUUUGGACUAAGUUUUAUCUUAGCAUUUUAUUAAACAUUCUGGUUCCCUUCAACACAUCGUCCUGGCAGUCUACUAGGAAUUGAAUAACAUGGAAUUCUUUUUCUUGUUGCAGUAACUGAGAGGAAGUAGUAGCUCCACAGUUGUUCAGUCAGGGAUGAGUCAGGGAUGCCCUGUACUCUGCACAGUUUGAGUUAGUCCUGCAUAAUCAUUACUUUGAAAUUCUAGGCCUGUUCAGAGACACAAAACUUUUAUUCCCAAUGUGAAUACACUUUGCCAAAAUUAGUGAUGUAAUGGAUUGAAUUAAUAGAUAAGCUGAAUCUUCCAAUAGAUGGUUAGAAUGAAAUGCCACAUCAAGUAUUAUUUGGAAAAAAUGAGUCAUUAAGUGAAGCUUGUAACUGUGGGUAGAAAUAGUCACUAUUCCACCACAUGGGGAGAGUGUCUGCUCCAGGUCUAGCGGCCCAGGAGCUGUGCUGAAUUGAGUGUGGAGGUGGACACAGAGCUCCUGGCUCUGCUUCCAUAGACUAAGUGAGGAGUCAGAAUGGCCCCUGCCUCUGCAUGCGAAGCUGCCUGAGUGAUUCUGAAGACAUGACUGCUGGACUAGCCUAGGAGAAAAAAAGAAGUUUUUUUUUCUAUGUACUUAAAUUGAGGGUAUAUAUACAGAUAUUUUAUAGAUUCUUAUACAUAUGUUUGUGUAUGUGCAUAGUUUAUUCAUGCCUAUUUUUACAUGAAGGUUGGCCUCCCUCCACUAUUUUCUUAAAAUAAAGAUAUUUUAUUGGACAAACAAAAACUAGGAGUUUAUUAUAAAAAAUCCUCUGUAAGAAAUUCUAAGGCAUUAUUUUUGGCACAAUAAAAAUAAUGAAAACCAUAAAGGGGCAAGCAGAUGAGUGACGUAGAGAAACACUGACUAUAGGGCUUCAAAACAAAACACUUGCUAACAGACAAGUCCUUAACUACUUUCUCCAUUAGCACUUUCUAUAGCAUAAAUGGUCUCUGAAAGAAUGAAUUUCAUGAUUUUAUUUUAUUUUAGAACUGUCUCUUGGAGCACUGAAGUUGUUUUCCAUUAGUAGAAGUAACACUGACAUGGGGUUCUUAUGUACAAAUCUCUGUAUCUCCAAGUUGUUCCUUCACUGUAGUUGAUCUUUCUGAAUGUUGAUAUCUUGGUCAGGCACGGUGGCGCAGACCUGUUUCCUUUGCAUUUGUGAGGCUAAGGCAGGGGAAUUUGAGAUCCAGGAGAGCCUGGGCUACAUAGUAAGACUUUAUCUCAAACAAAAACAAAAACCAAGGACAGAAAGAAAGGCACCUGACUUACAUAUUUCAUGUUCAUUCACAUUCCUAACCACCACACAGCAGUGACCUGUUUUAUUACUCUAUUGAAGAUAUGACUUCAUCAAUUUCUCUCUCUGUGUGUGCUUUUUUUUGGGGGGGUGGUUUUUUGGUUUUUCCAGACAGGGUUUCUUUGUGGCUUUUGAGGCUGUCCUGGAACUAGCUCUUGUAGACCAGGCUGGUCUCGAACUCACAGAGAUCCACCUGCCUCUGCCUCCCGAGUGCUGAGAUUAAAGGCGUGUGCCACCACUACCCAGCCUCUCUCUCUCCUUUUUUUAACAAGUUUCACUGUGUGGCCCAACCUGGCCUCAAGCUUAUAGUCCUCCUGCUUGAGAGUUGGGCUCUAAGCAUGUACUUUUAAUCUGACCAUAAUGUUUUUAAUAUUUAUUUCCCAAGAAAGGGUUAUAAUUUUUAGGCUGAGAGUGUAGCUUGAUGAUUAGAACACUUGUUUAGAAUGUCUGAGGCACUGGGUUUGAUCUGUAAUAUAAAAAGGAAAAAUGACUUUUGCCUCCUAGUGCAAAUAUCUUUAUUAUGCCUUUAAUACAUAGAAUUCAACUCUUAUUUCUUUGAAUAUUCUGAUGCCAGCUUGAAAUUUUUCUUUCUCCUGUACUAAUGAAAUAAAAUUCCUUCUUCAAUGUGUCCAUCAAAAAUGGACAGUGAUGACACUUUAUCUCACAGAGGUGUAUGUAUGUGGUGAGGUGUACUAGACCUGUCCUUACUGGCAGAUUUGAGGGCCAAUGAACUAAUAAAGGCAGUCAAUGGGGAUAUUGCCCCCACCCUGUCCUUCUCUUUUCUCUUUUUUCCCUUUGAGAUGGGUCUCAUAUAGCCCAGACUAACCUUCAACUUGCUAUGUAGCCAAGGAUGACCUUGAAUGUCUGAUGCUUCUGACUCCGCCUCCAGAAUGCUGGGGUAACAGUCAUAUGUCACCAUACCAGGUUUAUGUGUCGCUGGGGACCAAACCCAGGACUUUGUGCCUGCUAAGCAAAUACUACCAACUGAGCUACAUCCCAAAGCUCAAAUAUGUGGAGUUUUUGUUUAUUUUUUAUAGGGGAAUAUUAAAAAGGAAGCACUGGUUGUGAGUUUGAAUAUUCUCUCUUGACACAGAAGUGCCAAGGAGAUACUCUGUAAGGAGAUACUCUGGGAUAGUGGUGUGUAAUUUUUCUUCUCUUUGGUGUACAAAAUGAAAAACAACCAUUUAAGCAUAUCAUGUUUUAAAAAGCAAGGAACGUGUCUGGGAACAUAGCUUGGGUAGAAAAGUGCUUAGGUUUUGGGUUUGAUCCCCAGUGUCCCCACUUGAACCUCCCCAUGAAAUACAAGGAACUAUAAAUGGUUAAAGGUGGAUUCAGAUUGUAAGAAUGUAUGAAAAUGUGAUAAUGAAAUUCACUGUUUUGUACACUUAAUAUGUACUAAUAACUUUUCUAAGUGGAGAAAGCAAUUUUGGCAGAGGGGGGCAGGAAGUUUGGAGAGGAAAGACUACCACUUUUGUUGGUGGCUUUUGAAUCACUAGUAUGAAGGGUGUUCUGACUAUUUGUAUGUAUAUAUCCAUUUAGUAUAGCAGUUGCAUCAUAGCACACCCAUAGAGAUAAGCCACUUCUCUGAAUAGUAGAUCGUCUCCAUAUUGGCACUCCAGGAAGCUGACAGUUCAGCUCAAGUCCUUGUAAUAUUCCUGUUUAUCAUCUGUACUGUAGCCAGAGUGGUGUUUACCCCCCAAAAUGUAAAUUUUUGCCAUCUCUCCCUGACUUGAAAUGUUGUAGUGGUCUGUCUUCACUCAUCUCUCUAACUUAAUCUUACUACCCAGUGUUACUCAAGUUUGCAGCCCCAGCCGUAUGGGCCUUCUUUCUGUCCUUCACCAAGGUUUUCUGAUGUUCCAGAGCCUUCCAGUGGCCUGCUUCCUUCACCUGAAAUGCUAUUUGCCAUUCCCCAAAUCAACCUAGUGAACCUCCGGGCCACAGCUCUGCCCUCGUGGACUUUGCCUGCCCAGCUCCUGCUAGGUGGUGUGUUUUUCUCAGCACCCACAACCCAUCUUCCUGGCGCUUGUCACUCGAAGCUUCGCUCUGCCUCUGUCUGUGAUGUUUCUCUUUCACACCAGCUCUAUACUGUACACCACACAAGGGCAGAGCUGUGUCUGCUUUUGUUCCCCUUUAUGACUACUCAGUGCCUAGAACAUCAAAGGCAUUCAAUAAAUAGUGUUGACUGGA